AUGGGCUUCCGGGAUAGGACGCCCAAGAUAUCCAAGAAAGGCCAGUUCAGAAGCGCCUCACACUUCUUAUGGAGUCUCAACAGAGGACCACAGAAGACAAAGAGGAAGAAGAAGGCCAAGACUGUCCUCCAAUCCACCUCCAAGUUGAUGACGCAAAUGCGGGAAGGCAAGAGGAAGAAGGCCAUGAAGGAGAAGAAGCCGUCCUUUAUGGUGAUCCGUUUCCCUGGCAAAAGAGGGCGAGGGAAGCUAAAGCCCCGAGCUCAGGUCCUGAGCAAAGCAUCCACCUCCAUUAACUGGCUGACCAAAAGGUUCCUCAUCAAAAAGGCAGAAGAGUCAGGAAGUGAGCAGGCUUCCUUGGAUGCCUGGCUGAAUCGCUCUAGCUCUCGCUUUGGCUCUCAGAAGCUUCCGUUCCCUUCAGGGGCUGACAUCCUAAGGAGAGAAGGGAGGCUGAGGAGGUUCCCCAGAGGCCGAAGCUUAUAUGAGUCAGGAGAAACCAUUGGCUUCCUUCCCUUUGAGACAGAAGAACCCUUCCAGCAGUCUGGCUCAAGGAAGUCUCUCUACGGACUGGAGGGCUUUCAGGAUUUGGGGGAAUACUAUGACUACUACCGGGAAGGAGAUGAUUACUACGACCGUCAGUCGCUCCAUCAGUAUGAGGAACAAGAACAGUACCGCCCCCCCUGGGGCUAUUACAGAUCAGAGUGGCCUGAGUAUGGCGACUAUUACUACGGCUAUCCUGUGCGAGACCCUUAUGAAUAUUACGAUGAUGAGUAUUAUGACAGUGACUACUACGAUCACGAUUUCUACGGUCCUGGCUACUAUGAUGACGAGUACUUCCCCGAUGAUUACUAUGGGGAUGGGCUCUACCUUCCCUACAGCUUUGGCUAUGGCUAUGAUGACUAUGCACCCCCUUAUGCUCCACCUUUUGGGUACUCACCCUACAGUUACUAUGAGGGUUAUGAAGAGCCAUCCUAUCCCUACAACUAUUACUGGGGACCUUACAGUCCUUACGAGGAGGCAGGGUACUAUCCCAUCCCAGGAGGACAGGAUGCCAUUUAUCCCCCUGAGGUCCCUUUUCCAUACCCUGAAGUACCCCCCUUUGAUUAUGCCUGGGAAGCUCCUAUCCCAUCCCCCCAUAAUCCCUAUGCCUACCCCAUGGAUGACAUCAUGGAGCUGGAAGAAGGAGAACAGGAAGAGGAAGCAGGGAUUGAACAGAAGGGUUAUACCUUCAAGCCGCCCAGCACAUCCUUCUUCGAACAGCAGGGCAUGGAGAAGUCAGCAACCUCCAAGUUGUCCUUGAUCAGGAAGUUCCGCCUCUUCCCUCGACCCCAAGUGAAAAUCUUUGGCAAAGAGAAGCUGGAUGUGCCCCUGCCUCCUUCCCUGGACAUCCCACUCACCACCGAUGAACAGGAGGAGGAGGAAGAAGAGGAAGAAGACCAAUACCCACCCGUCUCUAUGCCUUACCCUCCAUACCUCCACCCUUUCUACGCUGGCUUUCUGUCCCCCCGGGACCGAAAUGUCCAGAGAGCCCUGUCGGCUUUCAGGAUGAGGAGAGACCUGGGCUUCCACAGAGAGCUGGGCAGGCCCUCUCCACCAGCAACAUCGCUUGCCCGGUUCAUAAAGAAAACCCUUUCAGAAAAGAAACCAAUCCCCAAAUAUGGCGGCAGUGCCCGCCAAAAGGGCACAGGCUCCUUCCGGAGACCACCGGUGAGAGAGGCAGCCUACAAGCGCUUUGGCUACAAGCUGGCAGGCAUGGAUCCGGACAACCCUGCCACACCAGUGACCCUGAGGAAGUUCCGUGGCCCUACCACUGACAACAGCAAGUCCCAGGCCAGGCCUCCCUCGUCUCCAUCCCCGGAGCCUUCCAGGAAGAGCGUCCUCAUCUCUCCCCCUCCCCUGAGAAAAACCGAGAACCCAGAUGUCAGCUCUUCCCUCUGGUCCUUCUUACCGAACCUUUCGGUUCCCAAGCAAUCCUCCCCCUACGACUCUCUCCAAGAACCACCCUCACCCCAGCCUUCCCUUCAUCAGGCACCUUGGGCUCCCCCAGGACACCCUGUCCUCAGGCCACAGUCUAGCUGGUGGAGUCUCAUCGAGCCACCAUCUGUAUCCAGUUUUCCAGAGCCUGAGCUUAAUCCAUAUCCAUUGUGGUUUGGGGGACCCCCAAGCAGGCCCCCGACUCCUAUUCCUUCAGUCCGGUCAUCUCUGAGGAGACCAGGCACUCUAGGCUUCCCAGCAUCCCCUGCGAGGGGACCCAUGCCCCCCGGAGAUCUCCUGGGAUCCCCCAGAGCUCCUAGACGCCUUCCUCCCUCUCCACAGCCAUCCCUUAGGAGUUUCCACGGCACAGGGGUUCGCUCCCCACUGAGACCCUCUUCUCCGCAGCUAUCCAUCCACUCUGCUCCUCCAAUGAUCUACAGCCCGAGACCCAGAAGGCCCCCUUUCUCCCCUCCACUGGGGGCCAAAGGCUCUAGCCGGCACCCCUCCCUCCGGGAGCCCCCCUCCCCAAAUCCAUCGCUGGGCCGCUUGGGGCCUCCUUCCCCACAUUUGGGGUCCCCUCCUCUCCCUCCUAGAGGUGGGAGCCAGAGGCUUCCCUCGCCCCCACCAGGCCGAAGCCUGAGGCGCCGCUCCCUUCACCUGCCCAGGAAACUUCCCCGCACCUGGAACCGGCUGAGCGAGCCUCCGACCAAGGCCGUGAAGCCCCAGCGGCAUCUUCCGCUCCAAAGGUCGCUGCACAGACGGGGCCCUCCGCAGCCGCCUCCAGGCGCCUGGGGCGGAGACGGGGCCGUGCAGGACAUACCGCACAGACAGGACAGCCGCCGCUCCCUGGGCAGGCGGCCUCCGCCUUGGUUGCCCCCCCCUCUAGCACCAAGCUGGGAUGUGGACCUCCCCCCGAUCCAGCGCCCACCAUCCCCUUGGCCUGGCCUGACCGGCAGCCGGCGCGGGUUCUCCAAGAGACGCCGACCGCCCUCUUCAUUUCACAGACCCUUCUUCCAACAUGGCGGUCAUCCCCUGGCCAACCCUGCCCAUCCUCCGUCUCCUGUUUUCCGAGAGAGGGAGGACGACUCAGCCCGCGUUAUCCUUGGUAGGCUUCAAGACCCUGGGCCUGGCCUGGCCUCCAAAUCGUGCAAUGAAGAUCCCACGAAGCCUGAGGAAGAGGAAGGCCUUGAACCCUCCCUCCCUGAGCCCUCCCCAGCCUCCGUCCCGGAGUUCUCCCCAGUGGCCAUGAAGGAGUCGAAGGGACUAAGGGCCACUUUCUCCUGCCCACUCAUUGCCCCGCCCAGGGCCACGUGGCCCAGGCCACGCCGAUGGGCUUCCCUGCCCGCGUCCCUGGCCCCGGCCGGCCCUCCUGGCAUCCGAGACAAAGGAGAACGAGGUCCCUCGAGGCCCGGACGCUUCGCGAUCGUCAUGCCUCGUGUUCAGAAGAUGAGCUCCUUCCAGCAGGCCAGCGCGAUGCCCCAGCAGCCGUCGGGCAGACAGCCCGUAGGGCCGGCGCAAGGCCUCGCCAAGACCCAGAAGUCCAAGUGGCUGCACGUGUCGGUGUCCACCGAGACCUUCCGACGAUGGCCCCGGGCGGCCCCAGAGACCGUGACCCACUACGUGUCUUGUGAAAUGUCCCUGCGAUGCCAUGCCUUCAGGGGGCCGCGGGAGAAGGAAGUCCAGGCGCGCUGGGAGCAGAAGGUAAGGACGGUGCUCGGGGUAGGGCUGGCUUCGGCGGGGCUGGAAGGUAGACCCGGGGUCUGUGCCCUUGAAGGGGGCCCGAAGGAACGGCCCGCCCCCACUCGCUAUUUCCCUCCUCUCCUUUGGGAGAGCCGCUCCAAACUGGAGCCUGCCCUCGGGGGACGCUCCUCCCAUAAGGGAGCUGCUCUACCAAUGGGCAGUUGGCAGGGGGCCUUUUAA